AUGGACAUCAGUCAACUCAAGAAAAUUCGAGCAUUGGGGAAGCUGGAGGAAAUGGCAGCGGUGGCACAUGCCCUAGAUCUGUACAUCACCGCAGGCUUCUCCGUGCAUUACAAGGCUUCCCAGGCACUAAAGAACCCUGAUGUGGAAUCGUUGAUAUAUCACGCUGUGCGCCAAGUGCUUAUUGAGCUUCCCAUGAUGUUCGCCGUUCCGAUCAUCGCCGAGGGCGAGGAAACUUACUUCGCACGCCUGCCGUUCAUCGACCUCAGAACAGUCAUUUCGUUUGCCCAGCGGCAAAACGCCAUAGUAAAUGAUGGCAAAGGCAGAGAUAUAGAGCUUGACGUCACGCUGCAACAACAAGUCAAUACUAAUGUCAAAUCUGACCAGGGCAUCGUGCCAGUGUGGAGACUGGUCAUUCUCUACGACUCGACGGACAAGCAGCAAUUCACAGCCAACUUCAUGGUCCAUCAUGCGAUAGCCGACGGGGCUUCUUUCCAGAUUCUCCAUCGAGCAUUCCACAAGGCUCUGCACGGUUUGUCUUUGCACUCCGGCAUGCCUUCCCAAGUCGAAUACAUUGCCUCAUCCAAAAACGAUGAUGCAAUCGGUCCACCACUGGAGGCCAUACAUUCUCUGCAGAUUGCUGAAGAGGCACCGCAGACUGAUGCGCCAAAAUAUAACGAUUGGCUGGGCAAUAUCACCGAGCUACCUAACAAGACUGGAUACGCAACCCUCACUCUCUCGCAAUCCAUGCACCUGCGGGGCUCAACGCUCUCAUCACCAAGACGCUAUACUUAUAGUAAUCUUCCCCCGACAACCGAGUCCAUGGACAUCAACAUCCCAGUCGACAUUCGCUCUGAACUCCCUCCAAAAGCCGUCGACGGCAUCAUAAGCAACUCCUUCGACGCCUUCCGAACCAGGGUAUUCCGCUCUGAUUUCUACGGCCAGUAUUCUUCCGAGCUAGGCGACAUCUGGACUGCAGCCCGCAAGGUCCAGGCUGAUACGAGGAGCUACUUCUCGCGUACCCGCGCCUUCUGGAGAAAUGUAUCUCAAUAUUGCUGGCUUGAGGAACGUACCCAAUCUGCAGGACUUGCUCAAGCCCAUGAUUGGUGCGCCUCGUAG